GCUACCUCACAUUAGAAACCAUAUAAUCUCUUAAAACCAGAAACAACUUAUUCUAAUGAUGCAGACUUUUCCCAACAACAAAGGGCUAAUCAUUAUUUUCAUCUUGUUAGCCACCUUCAUCACAUUGGCAAUAGGCCAAGGCACCCGAGUCGGGUUCUACCAGACCUCAUGCCCACGGGCAGAAACCAUCGUACGCUCUGUGGUCCAGUCUGCAGUCAACUCCAACGCCGCAGUUGCACCUGGUUUACUAAGAAUGUUCUUUCACGACUGCUUUGUUAACGGCUGUGAUGCCUCUAUCCUAAUUGACGGUUCUUCUUCCGAGAAAACCGCUGCCCCAAAUUCGUUACUUAGAGGCUUUGAAGUCAUUGAUGCUGCAAAGACACAGCUGGAAACCGCGUGUCCAGGUGUGGUCUCUUGUGCGGACAUUCUUGCCCUUGCUGCCCGUGAUUCUGUCGUGCAGACUGGAGGAACAGGAUGGUCAGUGCCAUUAGGUCGCCGAGAUGGAUUAGUUUCACGGGCAGCUGAUACCGCGAACCUUCCCGCUUUUAAUGACCCUGUUAGUGUCCAAAUCAGGAAGUUUACGGACAAAGGUCUUAACACCCAAGAUCUUGUUGCACUUAGUGGAGCACACACACUCGGGACAGCAGCUUGCACAUUAUUUAGCUACCGGCUAUACAACUUUAACAGCACGAAUGGACCUGACCCGAGUAUCGAUCCAGCAUUCCUUCCAACCCUCCAAAACCUGUGCCCCAACGGUGGUGAUGGCACAGUACGUGUGGAUUUAGACAACGGAAGCGGAGGCAGAUUCGACAAUUCAUACUACGCAAACUUGAGGAACAGGCGAGGAGUACUUGAAUCCGAUGCGGCCUUAUGGAACGACCCGACGACACAAAGGUUUGUGCAACGGUUUCUUGGAGUUAGGGGACUGCUUGGAUUAACAUUUAACGUUGAGUUUGGGAGAUCAAUGGUGAGGAUGGGUAAUAUUGAGGUAAAAAGUGGGACUCAAGGUGAAAUUCGUAGGGUUUGUACGGCGAUUAAUUAAUCAGUGACGGUUGGUAAUGGUGCUUUGUAUUUAUUGAGAGUUGUAACUUGUUAAUACUAUCAUUACCGGUUUAGGAACAAGUUUUUAUAUAAUAAAUGAAUAAUAUAGUGUGUUUGUUUCUAUUGA